GGUUCUAAUGAAAGGUUCCACGUGUUAGGUUGGUUAGAAGCCAAGAACAGCAUAAUUAAUAAGAAACUGAGGCGCCAGUGAGUUGCCGUUUGGCUUGUUGAAAGCUCAGAAAAAGUAGAGUUAGAUGGAGUAAAAAUCUUGGUAAUAGUAUCUGAUUAGGUCAGUUGAUGAGGCCAGUGUGAGCUGUGGUGCGGUAUUUGGUGUCACACAGGGCAGGUGGUGCUGAUUUAAUCCAGUGACCAAAAAAAAAAAAAAAAAAAAAAAAUCCCCCAAGGUGCCUGAGACAUUGCCUGCCCGAAAUCCCAAAACUCCACUUCUAGGCUUUCAGGUUCUUCCACUGGUAGUUGGAAACUACCUAUUAAAAUAUAUUCCUGGCUGGAAAGUGUUUGCAUUUAAGUUUCUAGGUAAUUAUUAUUUUGAGACAGGGUUUUUUUUUUUUUGAGGCAGAGUUUCGCUGUUACCCAGACUGGAGUUCAAUGGCACGAUCUCCAGCCUCUGCCUUCUGGGUUCAAGCAAUUCUCCUGCCUCAGCCUCCCGAGUAGCUGGGACUACAGGCGCGCACCACCAUGCCCAGCUAAUUUUUGUAUUUUUAGUAGAGACAGGGUUUCACCUUGUUGACCAGGAUGGUCUCGAUCGCUUGACCUCGUGAUCCACCCACCUCGGCCUCCUAAAGUGCUGGGAUUAUAGACGUGAGCCACCGCGCCCCACCGAGACAGGGUCUUGUUCUGUCACCCAGGCUGGAGUGCAGUGGCGCGAUCUCGGCUUACUGCAGUCUCCACCUCUCGGGUUCAAGUAAUUCUUGUGUCUCAGCCUUCUGAGUAGCUGGGAUUACAAGCACCCGCCACCACGCCCUGCUGAUUUUUGUAUUUUUAGUAGAGGCGGUUUUACCGAGUUGGCUGGGGUCAAGGGAUCCACCCACUCCGGCCUCCCACAACCUGGUAAUUUUUGUGUUUUUAGUAGAGGCGAAGUUUCACCAUGUUGCUCAGGCUGGUUUUGAACUCCUGACCUCUGAUGAUCCGCCCGCCUCGGCCUCCCAAAGUGCUGGGAUUACAGAUGUGAACCACCGCGGCCGGCCUAUUUAAGAACUCUUUAAGGACUUGUAGAAUAAUAACAGAAGCAGCCCCAAUUUACCAGCUGGGUUGUGUAAAAAAAGAAAAAAAAGAAAAAAAGGGAAAGGGCAUAUUUCACAGUAGGAAGGACUUUAUCAUUGUGGGGGACACAAGGGACAGCAGAAACAGUCUUGCAGUCCAGAAACUGUGCAUUAUACAGGACACCAUGAAAAGUUUGGUUUUAUCAGUAAUUUUUGAGUCGUGGAGGGCCUUGAAGUUGCUGUUAAUAUGAUUUACCCAAAUUACUUCAACUGUAUUCUAUACAGUUGGGCCUUGGGUGGACCAGUCUCAGUCAGGUAACAGUGUGGGACCCAGUUAAGCAACUAAGGAAACAGUUUUGGGCUAGAAGGAACCUUAAACAGAAGAAUAGCCAAAAUCUUAUUUUAUAUUUAUUUAUAAAAGAGACAGGGUUUUGCUGUCGCCCAGGCUGGAGUGCCGCAGCAUGAUGCCUCACUGGCUACAUCCUUCUAGGUUCAAACCAUUUUCCCACCCCUGCCUUCCGAGUAUCUGGGACUACAGACGCACAGCACCACGCAGGACUAAUUUUUGUAUUUUUUGUAGACAUAGGGUCUCACUAUGUUGCCUAGGCUGGUUUCGAAGUCCUGGGCUCAAGCGAUCCGCUCCUCUCGGCCUCUCAAAAUGUUGGGAUUACAGGCGUGAGCCAUUGCGCCCGGCCUGCCAGUGUUUUGCAGAGCGGCAUCCUAGUACCACCAGAAUCAGAAUCACCAGUCAAAGGUAAAAAUGUCAAUUCAGACCAAGUACAUCCCUAAGGAAUUUUCAGUCUAGGGCUUUAAGAUGGCUUUCUUAAGAGGCGCGCGCAACCGGGUCUUCCUGCUACUGCGCUGCGACCGCGGUGGUGCUAGUGGGUUCCGCCGCGUCCCGGCCCCGCCCCGUCCUGCCCUACUACUCGCGGCCUCGCUCCACCCCUCCCGGCCUCCUGCCGCAAUCUUGGCGGGAAGGCGCCGGCCGCUAAGCAGCCGAAAGAUGUCCGGGUCGGACGCGGCGGCUGAGAAGGCGAACUCCAGACAGCGACCCCAGAUGAAGGUAAAUGGAUAUAAAGAAAAUCAAAACAUCGCUUAUGUGUCUCUGAAACCAGUGCAGACUACAGUUUCAAUAAAAACAGCUACAGUCUAUCUUACCCCCUUUUCACUCAGUAAUUAUCAGCUAGACCAGCUUAUGUGCCCCAAAUCCCUAUUAGAAAAGAAUUCUAACAAUGAAGUGGCGUGUAAGAAGACUAAAAUAAAGAAAACUUGCAGAAGGAUUAUACCUCCAAAGAUGAAAACCACAUCUUCCAAGGCAGAAUCCACACUGCAAAAUCCAUCCUCAGCUGUUCAUACUGAAAGUAACAAGUUACAACACAAGAGAAGGACAGAUGCGAUGAAUCUCGGUGUUGAUACGGAAAGUAGUCAGGAUGGAGACAGUGCUGAAGAUAUCACACCAGGCCUGGAUGAUUAUUCUGGAUUGUCACCCUACGAAAGGAAGAGACUGAAGAACAUAUCAGAAAAUGCAAACUUUUUUGCUUCUCUUCAAUUGUCUGAGUCUGCUGCAAGACUCCGUGAAAUGAUAAAGAAGAGACAGCCUCCUAAAUCCAAGAGAAAGAAGCCUAAGAAGAGAGAAAAUGGGAUUGGAUGUAGAAGGUCAAUGCGAUUACUAAAAGCUGAUCCUUCAGGAGUUUUAUUACCAGCAACUCCAGUACCACCGGCAUUAGUAGCAGAUGAAACUCCUUUGUUACCUCCUGGGCCUUUAGAAAUGACUUCUGAAAAUCAAGAUGACAACAAUGAAGGAUUUAAAGGAUUUCUGCGGACAUGGGCAGGAAUGAGCAAGCCAAGUAGUAAGAACACUGAGAAGGGGUUAUCUAGCAUUAAAAGCUACAAAGCCAAUUUAAAUGGCAUGGUCAUUAGUGAAGAUACUGUUUACAAAGUUACCACAGGCCCAAUAUUCUCUGUGGCUCUCCACCCAUCAGAAACUAGAACUUUGGUAGCAGUUGGGGCCAAAUUUGGGCAAGUUGGACUUUGUGAUUUGACCCAGCAACCUAAAGAAGAUGGAGUUUAUGUUUUUCAUCCCCAUAGUCAGCCAGUUAGCUGUCUUUACUUUUCACCAGCCAAUCCGGCCCACAUACUGUCGCUAAGCUAUGAUGGCACGUUACGCUGUGGGGAUUUUUCCAGGGCUGUUUUUGAAGAGGUGUAUAGAAAUGAAAGAAGUAGCUUUUCCUCCUUCGACUUCUUGGCAGAAGAUGCCUCCACUUUAAUAGUAGGACACUGGGAUGGAAAGAUGUCACUGGUGGAUAGACGGACACCUGGAACUUCUUAUGAGAAACUUAUCAGUUCUUCUAUGGGAAAAAUAAGAACUGUUCAUGUCCACCCAGUGCAUAGACAGUAUUUUAUCACUGCUGGAUUGAGGGAUAUUCAUAUUUAUGAUGCAAGGCACCUGAAUUCCAGGGGAAGUCAGCCUUUGAUUUCUUUGACUGAACAUACAAAGAGCAUUGCUUCUGCCUAUUUUUCACCUCUUACUGGUAACAGAGUGGUGACUACAUGUGCUGAUUGUAAUCUGAGAAUUUUUGACAGCAGCUGUAUAUCUCGUAACAUUCCUCUCCUCACCACCAUCAGGUCCACAAUUUUUUAUUUUUUUAAAGACAGAGUCUCAUUUUGUAGCCCAAGCCUGGAGCACAGUGGCAUGAUCUCAGCUCACUGCAACCUCCGCCUCCUGAGUUCAAGUGAUUCUCGUGCCUCAGCCUCUGGGAUUACAGAUGGGGUUUCACCAUGUUGGUCAGAAUGGCCUCGAUCUCCUGACCUUGUGAUCCGCCCGCCUCGGCCUCCUAAAGUGCUGGGAUUACAGGCGUGAGCCACGGCGCCCAGCCCCACUCUCUCUCUUUUUUUUUUUUUAAAAUAAGGGAUAGGGUCUUGCUCUGUUGUUCAGUAUGGAGUACUGUGGCAUGAUCAUGGCUCACUACAGCUUCAGUCUUCUGGACUCAAGCAGCCUUCCUGCCUUAGCCUCCCAAGUAGCUGGGACUACAGGCACACCACCAUGCCCCACUAAUUUUAAAAAUGUUUUUGUAGAGAUGGGAUCUUGCUGUUGCCCAGGCUGUCUGGAACUCCUUGCCUCAACUGAUCCUCCCACGUGGGCCUCCUGAAGUGUUGACAUUACAGGCAUGAGCCAUCAUGUCUGGCCUUACAACUUAGUUAUUUUUUAGACUAGUCAAGUGCAGUAGUGAGAAGGUGGGAAAGAGUAGAACAAAGAGUUUGAUCUGUAACUGACUGUGAACAGUCAAUUGAGAUAACUCACUACCUUUAGACCAGCCUCAGCUUUUAAAAAUUCCGUGAGUGAGGUCAUAUGGUAUUUGUCUUUCUGUGCCUGGUUGAUUUUAUUUAACAGAAUGUCUCCAGGUUCAUCCGUGACAGGAUUUUCUUUUUUUAAGUGGGAUAAUAUUCCAAUAUGUGUGUAUACUUCAUUUUCUUUAUUCAUUUAUCCAUUGAUUGAUUGAUUGCAUAUCUUAGCUGUGACAGUGAAUGUGGGAGUAUAGAUAUUUCAUAGAGAGUUCAUUUCCUUUGGAUAUAUUCCCAGUAGUGGGAUUGCUGGAUCAUAUGGUAGUUCUAUUUUUAAUUUUUUGAGGAGCCUCCAUACUGUUUUCCAUUAUGGCUGCACCAAUUUCCACCAACAAUGUACAAGGGUUCCUUCUUGUCCAUAUCUUUACCAAUACUUACUAUCUUUUGUUGUUUUGAUAGUGGCCAUUCUACUAGAUGUGAGAUGGUAUCUCAUUGUGGUUUUAACUUGCAUUUCACUGAUGAUUAGUAAUGUUGAAUAUAUUUUCAUAUAAUUGAUUGGGCAUUUGUAUGUUUGCUUUUGAGAAGUGUGUAUUCAGAUCCUUUGCCCAUUUUUAAAUUGGGUUAUUUGUUUCCUUAGUUGAGUUCCUUGUAUAUUUCAGAUGUAUGAUUUGCAAAUAUUUUCUCCCAUUCCUUAGGUUGUCUCUUUACUUUGAUGAUGGUAUCCUUGGCUGUGCAGAAGCUUUUUAGCUUGGUGUAAUCUCAUUUGUCUAUUUCUGCCUUUGUUGCCCUUCCUUUGGGAUUCACAUACAAAAAAAAACAUCAUUGCCUAGGCCAGUGACAGGGAGAUUUCUCCCAUGUUUUUUUCUAGUAGUUUUAGUUUCAGGCCUUACAUUUGUCUUUUUAAAAAAUUUAUUUUUGUAUAUGGUGUGAGAUAUAGUCUAAUUUUACUCUUCUGCAUGUGGAUGCCUAGUUUUCCCAACAACAUUUAUUGAAGAGACUGUCCUUUCCCUAUUUUGUGUUCUUGGCACCUUUAUUGAAAAUCAAUUGAUCCUAAGUGUUUGGAUUUAUCUCUGGACUCUCUGUUCUAUUGUUCUUUGUCUCUGUAUGCCAGCACGAUAUGGUUUUGGUUAGUAUAGCUUUGCAGUCAGGUAGUGUGAUGCCUCUAGCUUUGUUCUUUUUGCUCAAAAUUGCUUUGGUUUAUUGGGGGAUGUUUGUGGUUAUAUACAAAUGUUGAAAUUGUUUCUUCUAUUUCUGAAAAAUGUCCUUGGAAUUUUGAUAGAGAUUGCAUUGAGUCUGUAAAUCACUUUAGGUAAUAUGGACAUUUUAAACAAUAUUAUGCCUGUUUAUGAACAUUGUAUAUCUUUGUAUUUGUUUGUGUCUUUUUCAGUUACUUUCACCAGUGUUUUAUAGUUUUCAGUGUAUAGAUCUUUUAUGUCCUUUGUUAAAUGUAUUCCCCUAAGUAUUUAAAUUUUUUGUAGCUAUUGUAAAUGAGGUUGAUUUCUUCAGUUUUUCAGUUUGUUCAUUAUUAGUAUAUAGAAAUGCUACUGUUUUCUAGGCCAGGCAUGGUGGAUUAUGCCUGUAAUCCCAGCAAUUUGGGAGGCCAAAGUGGGUGGAUCACUUGAAGUCGGGAGUUUGAGACCAGUCUGGCCAACAUGGUAAAACCCUAUCUCCACUAAAAAUAAGAAAAUUGGCCAGGCAUUGUGGUGCAUACCUAUAAUCCCAGCUACAUGGGAGGCUGAAACACAGAAUCUUUUGAACCUGGGAGGUGGAGGUUGUCCAGACUGGGCGACAGAAUGAGACUCCAUCUCAAAAACAAAAAGCUAUUGAUUUUUGUAUGUUGAUUUUGUAUACUGCACAUUUAUUGAAAUUUUUAGUUCCAACAGAUUUUUGAUGGAGUCUUUAGGGUUUUUACCUAGCUUGUUGGUUGCUAUGUAGUAUUAUGUGUUUUUUUUGAGACAGAGUUUUGCUCUUGUCACCCAUCAUGGAGUGCAAUGACAUGAUCUCGGCUCAUUGCAACCUCCACCUUCCAUGUUCAAGUGAUUCUCCUGCCUCAGCCUCUUGAGUAGCUGGGAUUACAGGCAUGUGCCACCAUGUAUUUUUAGUAGAGACAGGGUUUUACCAUGUUGGACAGGCUGGUCUCAAACUCCUGACUUCAGGUGAUCCACCUGCCUCAGCCUCCCAAAGUGUUGGGAUUAUAGGUGUGAGCCACUGUGCUCAGCCAGUAUUACAUGUGUUUAUUUUAUUAUUUUACUUUUUUUUUUUUAUUUUUGAGAUGGAAUCUCACUCUGUCACCCAGACUGGAGUGCAGUAGUACAAUCUCAGCUCACUGCAACCUCUGCCUCCUGGGUUCAAGUGAUUCUCUUGCCUCAACAUCCUGAGUAGCUGGGAUUACAGGCAAGUGCCAACAUGCCCGGCCAAUUUUUGCAUUUUUAGUAGAGAUGGGGUUUCACCAUUUUGGCAGGCUGGUCUUGAACUCUUGACCUCAGAUGAUCCGCUUGCCUCGGCCUCCCAAAGUUCUGGGAACACAGGUGUAAGCUACUACGCCCAGCCAAUUUUUGUAUUUUUAGUAGACUGUAUUUUACCAUGUUGGCCAGGCUGGUCUCAACUCCUGACCUCAGGUGAUCCACCAGUCUUCACCUCUAAAGUGCUGGGGUUACAGGUGUGGGUCACUGUGCCCGACCAUAUUAUGCAUGUUUUAAAAUUUAUUGCUGUGUGUGUGUAUGUGUAUGUAAAAAAAAAUUUAGGGUGAUUAUGCUAGGAGCUAAGAAUUUUCCUUAAAGAUAGGGUCAUUUAAGUGGCAGUGGGAAAUGUUUUUCUCUAUAGUCCGUACUUUAAUGAAAAAGGAUUGUUAGUGAUAUUAAGGUAUAGAGACUAAAAGGGCAGUACUUUUAUUUAUGCUUUUAAGAGCUAUAAAGGGCUCCAUAUGUUUUAUUUUGGGAGAUUUUUGGAUGAGGAGGAUAUCAUCUCUUUCCAGAGUUUCAGCCUGUAGAGAGGGUAAGAUAAGGUUGGUGGUAACUCAGUAACUUAAUGAGAAGAAACUUGGCAGAGAAAAGUAGCAUUUAUGAGUAAUACCAUCUUUACCCUCUGCCCAGUGCUACCUUAUUUAACCUUCAUUUAAAAAAUACAUUGUUUUCCU